UGAUCAAGGUUUAGGUUAUGCGCAUUCUGACAUUACACAUACGUGACACUUCCACGUCAAAGACCCUAAUCCAUUUUUUAUGAAUUUUUGUAUAUAAUUUUAAAUAUUUAAACAAUAACUAAUAUUAAUAGCUACUAUAGUUAUGACCUGUUCGUAAUACACAUUAACUAGUUGCGUUGCUGCGAGGAUGGCGAGCCCUAGAACAAGACGAGUUUUACAAGAGUUAAAGCCCCAUGAAGAAAAUAAUAAAUGUUUUGAAUGUGGAACGCACAAUCCGCAAUGGGUAUCGGUAACAUACGGUAUAUGGAUUUGCCUGGAAUGUUCGGGCAAACAUCGAGGCUUAGGAGUCCAUUUAUCCUUCGUAAGAUCAGUUACUAUGGAUAAAUGGAAGGACACUGAACUGGAGAAAAUGAAGGUGGGAGGAAACAGGAACGCCAGACAGUUUUUCGAGGCUCAAGACGAUUGGGAUGACACGAUGAGCAUUCAGCAGAAAUACAACACCAAAGCUGCCGCCUUAUACAAGGACAAAAUUGCAACCCUAGCAGAAGGCAAAACGUGGGACGAGAGAAAAUCGCCCGCUCAAAGGUUCCAUAGCGGAUAUAUUCCGACUGCUCAAAGAGGAGCCGUUAGCAACAACUACUCCAAUUCCAACUAUCAGAAUUACAACAAUGCGGAUAGUUAUCAAGGAGGAGGCCAGGUUAGCCAAAACUACAACACUGCAGGCUUUAAGGACCAAAAGGAGCAAUUUUUUGCGAAAAAACAAGCGGAGAACGCCAAUAAGCGCGACGAUUUGCCCCCCAGUCAAGGAGGCAAAUACAGCGGCUUUGGUUACACGAAGGAAAUUCCCCCUAGAAGCCAAUCACAAGAAUUCGUAGAUACCGCCCUGUCAUCGUUGGCUACUGGCUGGUCCUUCCUAUCGUCGUCAGCCACGAAAGUGGCAAGCAAAGCGACUGAGAACGUGGUGAAGUACGGAGGAAUAGCGACUCAGAAGGUAGUUGAUAUUAGCACUCAUGUAGGCGAGAAGGUGAAAGAUGGGACGUUGAUUGAGGACGUUAGUACUCAAGUAUCGGGCUUAGCGAAUAAGAUGGGCGAAUUGGGGCGGAAAGGAUGGAAAGAAAUGGGCGGCACUAAUGCAACGCCAGGCUACCAAUCGGGCGGUUAUGGGCAAAUGAGCGGCGAAAACUACCAUUCGCCAGGCGAAAGAUCGUCGCUGGUUAGUAGCGGGAAUGGGCAUGGUAGAGAGGAGGACUGGAGCACUGGGAGUCAACAAGGAUCAAAGGCGUCAAGUCCAAAAUCCCCCACAUACUGGGAGAAUUCCGGCUGGGGCUACCAGAACGAAGAUGGGGCGGCUUCUGGAGGUUAUCAAUCUGAUUACAGAGAAUAUUCGGCAAGUACUACGGCCGCAACUUCACCCACGGAGUCCAAGAGCGCCAAUCGGAAGGAGAAGAAAAAAGAAGCGAAAAAGCCUGUCGCGGCCGACAAAUGGGGCGACGACGAACUAUGGGAAAGCUUAAACAACUGAAUGCAUGCGUCUUCAUAAUUACUCACUGAUAAAACUAAGCUAUGAGUUUCAAAUUAUUUAGGUCUUUAAUCAUCACGGUUUAUCGAGCUCGAGAACUCGAUGUUGCUGUUUUUUGAUCGGACAAAAUCUAAUCUUUUUCAGUUAUUGCAUGUCCAAUAUGUUGCCAGAAAUUCUUAGGUAUUUAUUCGAUUUAGCGUGAAUAGGUGUUGAUUAUGUAAGUGUAUUGUGAAAGAUUAUGCGGAUAACUAACUAAAAUGAUUGCUGAAUGUUGCCUCAUGCAUGCAGGUUUGAAUGUGGAACAGUAUUUUUUCAAACGCUCGUAAUUCUCAUACAUUUUUAAGCAUUCCUUGCGAACAUUGAACCUUUCAGUAUGAUCUCGGUUGGGACCUGGUCUAUACCGAAAACAUUUCAGUCAAGAACCAAUUUAGUUCUUAAUUUUCAACUUCUUGUGCUGUGUUAAUCAAUCCGAAUGGUAAAUGUACUGCUGCCCCAAUGAAAUGUGUUAAUGAGCUGAAAACUCUAGUUAAAGUGAAUUUCCAAUUGUCCAUUUGCCGAAGGUCUUCGUAAAGCCCCAGUAUAAUAAGCAUCAAGUAGAGUUGUUGUAUUCCAAAUAAACAUAUUUUCCUUUAA